AGGACAGGGCAGGGGACGGUUUCUCCAGGCUCCCUAGCUGGCUCACUGAGGUUAGAAGGGCUCUGUUUUAAGGGGAGAGACAGAGCCAGUAAUUUGACAUGAUUGUACCUAAUGAGGUUGCUGUGAGGCAGAGCUGAUGUUGACCCAGACCCAAGGGAUCCUACGUGUACUACAGAGCACCCUCCACACCCUGCCCAAGAGGAAUAUCUCUCUGUCUCCAGCUCUCAACAUGAGAUUAGUCCAGUUCCAGAACUCUGGUUCCCAAAAUCCGAAGAUUGGACUGGAGCUCCAAGAUGGUGGAAAUGUCAUUGAUCUAAAUGCCUACGAUCCAUCACUGCCCUGUAGGAUGAGAGAGUUCCUUGAAAUAGGAGAAUCAGCCUUACAGAUAGCUAAGAGGGCUCUGGACUCCAAUCAGCACAUCCUCAGCCGCUCCGAGAUUUCUCUCCUGGCUCCCAUCAGCAACCCUGAGAAAAUAAUUUGCAUCGGAAUGAACUACGUUGAUCACUGCCUGGAGCAGAAUGUCCCUGUCCCUAAAGAACCCAUCAUCUUCAGCAAGUUUGCCAGCAGCAUUGUGGGACCAAGUGACCCAAUCAGAAUUCCAGCAGAAAGCAAGGAGGUGGACUGGGAGGUUGAACUCGCCUUUGUCAUUGGAAAAAAAGGCAGAAACAUCAAGGAGGAGGAUGCAAUGGACCACGUGGUUGGAUUCACCGUUGCUCAUGACGUGAGUGCCCGGGACUGGCAGAUGAAUAAGAAUGGAAAGCAGUGGUUGCUGGGUAAAACUUUUGACACGUUUUGUCCUUUGGGCCCAGCGCUUGUUACUAAGGAUGCCAUCUCAGACCCCCACAACCUUGGGAUCCGCUGUCGAGUUAAUGGAGAUCUUGUCCAAAACAGUAACACCAACCAGAUGGUCUUCAAGACAGAAGCUCUCAUUGCAUGGGCAUCUAAGUUCAUGACAUUAAACCCAGGCGACAUUUUCCUUACUGGUACCCCUCCUGGUGUUGGGGUGUUUAGGAAGCCUCCGGUCUUCCUCAAGGCAGGAGAUGUGGUGCUCUGUGAAAUUGAUGAGCUGGGAGCUAUCAAGAACCCGGUGGUGUGAAAACGCGCAAUAAGGACUCAGACGCGGAGAUGUAGAAUGUGUUUAAUGCAGACACUAACCAGCAGGUGGCGCACUCUCGCUGAACAAUCACAGAGGCACAAACGAUAAAUCCACUUGGUGAUCUACUUUGCUACUAAAGGUGUUGCCUUACAAGCUAUGAAAUAAUAGUAAUAAUUGUAAACAAAUCAAUGAAAGUAUGGAUUCUGCUCCAUUACAAUGAGACAAUAGGAAAUGCUAAUAUAAGUAAUAAAUUCUAAAAUAUUAGAUAAA